AUGUCAGAUGCAGAAGAUCGAAUCGAGGAGCCAUUCAUCAACAGCACCAUGUCUUCCCUUGAACACCACGCAUCCACAGCCCAAAAGCGCAAAAUGAGCCACUCUGACCACCUCGACGACGGCACACCACCCGUCCACAUCGACCCUUCCCUCACCAACACAUCCUCGAACGCAGCAGACGUCAAAGUCGCCUACAACGGACCCUCCAGCAUUUACACCGUGAUGCUGCGCGUUCACAACGAAAGCUCUGCACGUCCAAUGCCCCAAGCUGCGUUUUUCGGCCGUGACAAGGCGCUGGGUUUUUCUUUGAGGGUCUUGUUGCAGUGGUGUGAUGCACACUAUGAUGAUUAUCUUUGGAAAGGACCGGAGAGUUUGAGAAGGGGACUGGUGGAGAGGUAUGCUGCGUAUCAUGCGCAGACUGGGCAGCAGCUUGCUGUUGCAGAUGUGAUUAGGGUGAGUAUCUUUGAUGCUAAAGAGACCGAGGUUGUUCUUAAGAAAGAGGAUAUGGAGAAGGAUGAGAGUGAGGGAGAUGAGGGAAACGAGGGAAAACUUGAUGAGGGACACAACGCCGAACAUCAGGAACAAGUGGAGGAAGGAUCAGAGGAGAACUCAGAGGAUACCGGUAAACUUGUUGGACCCAAGGCUAGUUGGCCAAUGACUGACAAUUGUACAGAGACUACUUCUACCCACUCGACUCAGACCCAGGGACCGAUCUUCGAAACGACUCUCGCUGAUUCGGCCCAAGCUGAAGAAGAAGAAGAAGAAGAAGAAGAAGAAGAAGAAGAAGAAGAAGAAGAAGAAGAGAUUGACCUUGAAACGCUAUCGGCACUCUUGGCUCACAGCCAUCAAGCUGCACCUGGAAUGUAUACUACGGGACUGGCCACCAGACUUGCGAACUGUGAUGAGCAAGACACUGUCAGUGGCAGCCGUCGUCGAGGCGCUUGGAAAGAGAAUCACGAGAUGAGAGUGUUUGGCGGAUCCACGGAACAUGAUACUUACUGA